AAUUCUAGGGUUCAAAAUUCUCAUCUCAUAUAUAUUUCUCUCUCACACACAUAUAUAUUCUCCGAACUGACCGUAUUAUUACAAAUAGAUAUACGGCCAUCAACAUAAAACCUAUUCGCUUUCUAUCUCGAAUCACUUGCUAGCUUCAAUCCCAGAGUAGCAUUAUCAAAUAUUAUUUAAAACUUUCUGAUGGGGGAUGCAGAGAACACGCUUCCACCUACUAAAAAGAGAGCUGCCGGUAGGGAAUUAUCUCGAGAUAACCCUGGUCUUGAUGAUGAAGAAGAGGUUCCGGGACAAGAAACUGGUACGUUCAAGAGGGCAAGUGAAGAAGUGCUGGCUAACCGAAGAAUUGUGAGAGUGAAACGCAGUCAACCAUCUUCAAACCCAUCUGCACCAACUUCUAAUCCUUUUGCAGCAAUUCGUUUGGUACCUCCUACAGAGUCCACUCCCACUUCACCACUUGCUGAUAACCUGAUAGAUACUGAAAAGCCAGCUGCUGAGGAGUUAGAAUCACCAAAAAGCGUGAAUAAAGAACCUGCAAAUGAAGAUGCUAGUAAACAACCUGAACCAAACAAUUCUGAAGCCGAAAAAGAAGGCAAUGAAAACAAGGACAAGUUAGUGGGAGAUGAUGUAAAUACCUCUGCACCGGAUAUAGAGAAUGAUGAAAACAAGGACAAGGCAGAGGGAAAUGGUGAAAAUACCCCUGCAACCGAGAAAGAGAAUGAUGAAAAUACCCCUGCAACCGGAUCUGUCAACUCUUUUCAACAGCUAUCCAGUAGCCAAAAUGCUUUUACAGGACUUGUCGGGACAGGGUUCUCAAGUUCAACCUUUUCAUUCGGUACAAUUCCUAAAACUGACCAACCCACGUUCCCUUCUUUCAGUUUUGGUACCAAUGGAAACUCGUCUUUAUUUGCAACUUCUGAUAAAACUGAGGGGAGCAAGAUACCAACUAUGCAAGAAGUCCAGGUUGAAACCGGCGAAGAAAAUGAGAAGGCGGUUUUUACAGCCGAUUCUAUACUUUUUGAGUUCCUUGAUGGUGGAUGGAAAGAGCGAGGAAAAGGAGAACUUAAAGUCAAUGUUUUGACUACUGGAACAAAAAAAGCUAGACUUGUGAUGAGGGCCAGAGGGAAUUAUAGAUUGAUCUUAAAUGCCAGCAUCUUUCCUGACAUGAAGCUGACAAAUAUGGAGAAAAAAGGGAUCACAUUUGCAUGUAUGAACAGUACAGGUGAAGGGCAGAAGGGUCUUUCAACAUUUGCAUUGAAGUUUAGAGAUCCAUCAUAUGUAGAAGAGUUCCGUUCAGUUGUCAUGGCACAUAAAGGCAACACCACUGCAUCCACUCUCAAGACACCUGAAAACUCUCCAAAAGCAUCGGAUGAGUAAACGGAUGAAUGGAGUUAUCUUACAUCCAAUGUCAUCAACUUGUAGCGGCUUUUUAUCUUUUGCUGUUGAAGCAGGAAAAGGGUAAAAGUCGUAUUAAUAUUGAGUCUUGUAACUCCCAUUGCAGUGGAGUCUCAAAUGCAAAAGCCAUAGACAUUUAGUAGUCUAGAAUUUUGGCUGAAAUUUGGAGUCUUUAAUGUUAUAAAGGAGUUUUGUACUUGCGAGUCGAGUCUUGAUCAACUGAGGUUUCAGAUGUGGGUAGUCAAGGUCAAAAGUUUCUGGUACAUUGUUGCAAAAUGGCAUUACCAAUGGUUUAAUAUCAGUCUUGUAUUUUCUUAAA